ACAACACUGCCUCAUACUAAUAAACAAGGCAGCUGGAAAAUAUUUAUAAAAAUCGACAUAUCCUCGAUUUGUAUACAAUUUAGUAGUUAAAACACCUAGCAGCAAGAUGGGAAAGGGCUUCAACAACUACAUGUGUAAGAAAUUCUUCCACCCCGCCUCCAGGGACAAUCUCAAAAGGGUGUGGAUGGCGGAGCAGCAGGCUGAGGCGUACAAAAAGAAGCAGGAGGAGCUGCGCAAUCAGUACGAAAAGGAACAGAAUCUGCACGAGAACAAGGCGAUGCUCAGUAAGGACAGCAAGGAUAAGUUGAGUGUCAACUUCAUGUACGAGCCACCACCGGGAGUGCGUAAAGAGCGCGAAAAGGACGACAACGAGCCGGAGUACAAGUUCGAGUGGCAGCGGAAGUACAACGCUCCGAGGGAAUCCUACUGCAAGGGGGACACCGAAAUCCGUGAUCAGCCCUUUGGCAUCCAAGUGCGCAACGUGCGCUGUCUUAAGUGCCACAAGUGGGGCCACAUCAACACGGACAAGGAGUGCACCAUGUACAGCAUUUCAAUGAGCGAGGCACGCAAACUGCAUGCGGAAACCGAGGCCAGCGACAUCAUGGCCAAAAACGUGCUGGAGGAGCAGAUGAAGGAGGAUGGCCUCAUGAUGAAGCGAUCGGCGCUCGAGUUGCAGAGCAUCAAGGCCAUCCAACAGCAGCACCAACUGGUGCCCAGCGACGGCGAGGAGGAGGCCAACGCCAAUCAACAAAACCCAGAGCUCGUCUUUCUCAAAUCCCUGUCCAAGAAACAAAAGCUAAAGCUGCUAAAAAAGCUAGAGAAAAUCGAACGUAUGAAGCGCAAGGGCGAGGGUAUUAAGAAAACAUCCAAGAAAAAAUCCAAAAAACAAAAGGAGGAUAAAGAGAGUAAGAAAAAGAAAUCUAAAAAGGAAAAAUCAGGCAGAAAAGAAAGAAAAUCUUCAGUGGGUGAUAGUUCAUCCUCCUCUUCAUCCUCGGAUAGCAGUGAUUCCGAGGACAAUCGCAAGAGAAACCACAAAGACGACAAUAGGAAUGGUUAUCAAAGGACUAAGGAAUCGGAGCAUGACCAUCAUCGGCGUAGGGAUGAAAAUAGGCAUCGCAGAGAUCGAUCCCGAUCCAGAGAUCGAUCGCGAUCAAUCAGCAGAGAUAGGAGGAGGGAAAGAGAGCGCCGGGAUCACUCCAGGCGAUAGUAUUAUCUGUGUACCAAGCAAUAAAUUUUGAACAUUUUGUAUCACUUUUAAACAUAUAUUUGCGUCUAUAACCUAUUAUCGUAUGAUGUCUUACCUAUCUAUCUACCAAUAUAUUUUAUUUAAACUA